GCCUGCGCUGUUGGAUAUUCAAGAUGGCUACAUUGACAUUAUUUCUAGCCUUGGUAGUAGUCGCUUAUGCGCGUGGCGAGUCCGGGAUUUUGCAUCCUGGGCCGAGAACGGUCUCGGCAACGCCUGGUCAGAAGGUGGUCCUGGAUUGUGUCAUUGUUGAUGCCGGCGGAGACAAGGUUUUGUGGAUGAAGGGAGAUGACAAAGAGGUCGUUGCCAUUAAUGGCAUGCAGCUCAUGAUUGAACCAAACAUAAAUGUUGUUACCAUAGAUACGAAUGAAGGAACCAACUAUCAGCUGACUAUAAACAAGUUUUCUGGUCAGUAUGCCGAUGUCUACUACUGCCUUUUGGACCGCGGAGAAGCGGACUGGAACAGUAAGCAAAAGGCUGUGUUCACUGUCCAGGCUGAUGUUCCGGAAUCACCGCCUCAGGUCUCGACGCCUCGUCUCCUCGGUUUUGAGGAAGGCACCACAGCAAAGCUGAAGUGUACAGUGAAGAACUUCUCCGGACAAAGUAUUAUGUGGCUGAAACGUCCAAAAAUCGAAGCCGUCUCUUCGGAUCUGUUGAGCAUCGGAAAGACAAUUUACUUCAAAGACACAAAAUCGAAAUACAAGGUCGAAGUAGAAAACGUUGAUGACAGCACCCGGGAAGUUACUCUCACGAUAAAUUCCAUCCUGCCGGAGGAUGCUGGGAACUUUGCAUGCAGCGUGCAGGUCUUGGGGAUGGAUUUCAACGACUACCCGAGCUCUGAGGUCACAGUGACCGUUAAGGAGAAGGAGAUACCUAAACCGAAGCAGUGUUACUGGAAGGCCUUUGAAAAUAGUCGUCUGCCCAAUGUCUCAAGUGCGCAGUACCGGAAGAUUGUCGGACCCCCAUCCACAUUGGAGUGCAUGGCACGCUGCAGGAAUGAACCCGGAUGCAAGUCAAUAAGUUAUAACUCGAAAGCUUUCACAUGUUACGUGAUGCAAGUCUCAUCAGGCGGUGAUAUGUCGAAGAUCGGACCAGUCAGGAAUUUUCUCUACGCUGAAUUGUUUUGUUGAUUGCAAUUUUAUCAAUAAAGAAUUCUGAAUAUAAUAA